AUGGCCACAACUACGCGACCCUCCUCACACAGCUGCCUCUUCCUCAUCCUAGCUGCAGCCUCCACCAUAGUCACCGUGCUCUCUGCCCAUGCGAGUGAUAUACCCAACGGAGGGUGCAUCGCCGCCGAGAGGGCCGCGCUGCUCUCCUUCAAAGCCGGCGUCACUAGCGACCCAGCUAAUCGCAUCGUCUCAUGGCACGGCCAUGACUGCUGCCACUGGAGCGGUGUAAGGUGCAACAACUGGACUGGCCACGUCAUCAAGCUGGACCUGCGCAAUGAUUUCUCCGCGAAGGAUUUCAUUGGUUUUCCCAAAGCUCGUUCUCGUUCGAUGCGGGGACAGGUAUCUUCUUCAUUGCUUGCUCUCCAACACCUCAAGCAUCUAGAUCUUAGCGGGAACUUUCUCGGAGGUGAAUGGAUGCCUAUACCAGAUUUCAUGGGUUCUCUCGAGAGAUUGGUAUACCUCAACCUCUCCAACAUGAAUUUCUGUGGCAGAGUGCCUCCUCAGCUAGGCAACCUCUCCAAACUGGUACACCUUGACAUAAGCCAUAAUUCUUGUCUGUACAGCCUACACUCCAUGGAUAUAUCUUGGUUAGCACGUCUCUACUCACUGGAGCAUCUUGAUAUGGGCUCUGUGGACCUUAAAGCAGCGACUGACUGGGUUCAUUCGCUGAACGCUCUUCCCAGUUUGGUUGUACUGAAUCUCGAUUGGUGUAACCUUCAAAAUAACACUCCGUCACUUGUACACUACAACCUUACAGUUCUUGAGGAACUUGACCUUUCCUAUAACUCUUUAGAUAGCCUUGCUGCAUCAAACUGGUUUUGGGGUGUAACUAGCCUCAAAAGGCUAAUCCUAUUAGAAUGUGGAUUAUCAGGUUCAUUUCCUAAUGUGUUGCGAAACUUGACCUUGUUAGAGACCCUUGACCUGGGAUUUAAUAAUAUCAACCGGAUGAUACCGGUAACAAUGGAAAAUAUGUGUAAAUUGAAGUCUCUAGGCCUCAGCUACAAUAACAUCGGUGGGGACAUAUCAGACUUAAUGGAGAGGUUUCCGAAUUGUUCUUUGAAGAUUUUGCAAGAGUUUUAUUUGUCGGAGGCAAACGUCACCGGCACGACAUUAAAUUCUUUGCUAAACCUAACCAGCAUAAGAACAAUUCAUGCCGGUGAUAACCACUUGAGCAGUCCCUUGCCUGUGGAGAUUGCCACACUGACAAAUUUGACAGAAUUGUUGCUUGGUGGCAACAACUUGAGUGGUGUGAUAUCAGAAGAUCAUUUCGCUGGUCUUACAAACUUGAAGAUACUUGACUUGUCUUGCCCUAAUUUGAAGGUCGCCAUGGACUCGGGCUGGAAAACACCAUUCAGGUUGGAUAUUGCAUGGUUUGGAUCUUGUCAGUUGGGUCCCGGAUUUCCUCAAUGGCUUCGAGGGCAAAAUGGCAUUUCAGACCUUGACAUUUCAAACACGGGUCUAAUUACUAGGAUUCCACAUUGGUUUUGGACAACCUUUUGUGGCGCGGAACAUUUGGACAUGUCCUCAAACCAACUUAGCGGCAACUUACCCAUCAACUUGGAGUUCAUGUCAGUGAUAACACUUUAUCUGCACUCAAAUUGUCUAACUGGUUUGGUACCGAAAUUGCCAAGAACAAUUGAAGUAUUGGACAUCUCUAGAAACUCCUUAAAUGGGUUCGUGUCGUCAAAUUUGGAAGCUCCACAUUUACAGGUUGCGGUUGUCUUUUCAAAUUCUAUGACCGGCACUAUUCCAACCUCGAUUUGUCAAUGGCCACAACUGCGGAUCUUAGAUCUUUCAAACAAUCAGCUUGUAGGGGAACUUCCUGAUUGUGGCAGAAAGGAGCUAAAGCAAUGUAAAGCAUCUAGCAAGAACUCUUCAAAUGUCAGUUCCACAUGUUCAUCUAGUUUGCGAAUAACUAUCCUCCUUGUAAGCAACAACAGUCUUUCAGGUGGAUUUCCUUUAUUCCUGAGGAAAUGCCGAGGUUUGCGUUUCCUCGAUCUAAGUCGAAACAAAUUCAGUGGAAACCUACCUACACGGAUUGGUGAAGACAUGCCUUUGUUGGUAAUGCUACGGUUAAGAUCAAACAACUUUUCUGGUCACAUUCCAUAUCAGAUAACGGAACUUCCUGCUCUUCGUAUUUUAGAUCUAUCUAACAACAACUUUUCUGGUGUAAUACCACAAUCUCUGGAUGACCUCAAAGCUUUGAGUGGCACUGCUAAGGCCUUAGAUCCAGAUUGGGACAGUCCUUUCGAUGAAAUAUCUGAAAACGAGGGUGUGUCCACUCUUGAGAGACAGUCCGAUGAUAGCUUAUCAGUGGUAAUAAAAGGGCAAGUGCUUGACUACAAGGAGAAUACCGUAUAUCUGAUGAGCAUUGAUUUAUCAUGCAACAGUUUAACUGGAGAAAUUCCAGAGGAACUAAGCUCUCUUAUUGGUCUCAUAAAUCUGAAUUUAUCAUCAAACUUGUUGAGUGGAAUUAUCCCCGAUAAGAUUGGUGAUCUUCAAUCACUCGAGUCUCUUGACCUUUCGAAGAAUAAGCUUGCUGGUGAAAUUCCUUGGGGCUUAUCAGAUUUGACAUAUUUGAGCUAUCUAAAUUUGUCAUAUAAUAAUCUCUCAGGAAGAGUGCCCACGGGGCAUCAACUUGACAUCCUCAAUGCAGAUGAUCCAACUCUUUGUGGAUAUCCGACUCCAAGGCAAUGUCCUGGCCCUCCUGAAGACGAACCAACCCACGGAGAUUCUGUAAGAUGGCACAAAGGGGGUCUAUCUCCAACGGAUUUACUUCUUGGGUUAAUUGUGGGAUUUGUGGCAGGCGUUUGGAUGGUAUUUUGUGGACUUCUGUUCAUGAAGAGAUGGAGACAUGCUUAUUUCGUGCUGUUUGACGAGCUAUAUGACAAGGUGUAUGUCAACUUUGUUGUUACUUGGGGAAAAUGGUUCAGAAACACGGGUGGAGAAUAA